AUGGCCACAACGGACAGACGAAUUGCAAUAUUGCGCGACAUGGGUCACAGUGGCGCUUGCAACGAUCGUGAUGGAUGCGUUGCUGUGGCCGAAGCGACCCUCGGUAUAGAAUCGCCAACGACGUCCGAUUGGUCCAUUGUCGGUCCGACGAGUCGUGUUGACAGGUGCCGAAUGUUGCGAAACGGCACUCGGCUCUCCAUGGGGAGAAAAAAGGCGCGCCUUGGCACACUUGGGGUCACCUUGAGGCGGAGAGUCUGGAACGAAAAGGAGACGAUGAGGAAUUAUGCAUCAUAA